GAGAGGAAUGACACUGAGAUAGUGGAAAAGUCUGCUUGGUGCCAUGUAAAAAAAACAAAAAAAACAAAACAAAAAAACAAAAGCCUCUCACUAUCUCUUGCUCCUCUUCUCGCCAUAACUCUCCAUCUGUUCUGGUAAACGCUGUGUGACAAAGUCCAGGAUCCAGACUCCAGUCCCAGAUUUUUGCUCAAGCCAUGCUGUUGGAACCAGCAGCAGCAAAUGCCUGUUUUGCCUGCCUCUCUCCUCUCUCCCUCUCUUGCUGCGCGCUACUCUGCUCUGCUGCAGUGGAUGGUCCUCACGGUGCGCUCUCAACUCGUCUCAGUGGAGGAGAUCUGAGCAUCUCACUGUCAUUUUCCCACCCUUCUUUCCCGUUUUAGCCCUCGUUCUUUUGCCACCCACCCCCUACCCUCACCCCCCACCCUCUUACCUAUCGUCAGAGGGUCCGGAUAAAUGUGAGGGAAAAGUCAUAGGAUAGACGAGGGAGAAGGGGAGAGCUCAGGAAGUCUUUAACCCAAACAUCUCUUGCACAUAUGACUGUGUGAUGCUGCGCUGUCUCCGGGUGACAGAGAAGCUCGUGCUCUCUUAGAUGCCUCCUGCUCUUAGACUCUGUGCCAGAAUCACAGUGCACACUGUGUGGUGAACCAGAAGACCAGCAGUAUUCAUGGUCACCCUCGCAGUACUUCGAUGAGGACAGCUACUCCCCUCCACCCAGGAACAUGAAGGGUCUCUCUGGCGGCCGCCCUGCCCAGCUCCAGCUCACCUCUCCCACCUCAGCCCACACCUGCGGCCUGGCUGAAUGCGACCAUUCCCUGGACCACCACCUCCAUCAUGGCGACUCACGGCCCCCCUCCUACCUCCUCAGCCCCACUGAAAGCUGCCCCCUUGAGGGUCACCACCGCUGUUCCCCGCGGAGCUCCAUCCACUCUGAGUGCAUGGUGAUGCCGGUGUCCAUGUCGGCCACUGACCACUCCAUCUCUAGUAGCACUUUCCCCCGCAUGCACUACGGUAGCGCUUCACGGGACAGCGGUGGAAACACUUCUGGUGGCAGGGACUCCCGAGACGACGGCGGCUCAUCCUCACACGGUGGCAGCGGCAAAAUGAACCGAAUCCCAGCAAACCUCCUGGACCAAUUUGAAAAGCAGAUGCCGCUGCACCGGGAUGGCUUCCACACAUUGCAGUACCAACGCACCUCCACCACAACCACAACUACAGAGCAGCGCAAUGAAAGCCCCGGGCGAAUACGACACUUAGUUCACUCGGUGCAGAAGCUUUUCACAAAGUCGCACUCUCUAGAAGGAUCCUCCAAAAUGAAUGGCACCAAAAGCGACUCGCACCGGGACUCGCACCACCAUCAUCACCACCACCAAGGCCACCACAAACACAGCAAACGCAGCAAGAGCAAAGACCGUAAAUCUGAAGGCAGCGGCAAGCAGCGCUCUGGAGGUUGGUGGAGCUCGGACGAUAACCUAGAUAGUGACAGCACGUACAGAACACCGAGCAUCAUGUCGCGGCAUCCUGUGGACCACAUCAGCCACUGUUACCCUGACUCCAUGCACGGCCACCUGGCAGGAGACCUAUCGCUAAAGACCUCCAAGAGUAACAAUGACGUCAAAUGUUCAGCUUGCGAGAGCAUAAGCAUGGCGCCAGAGGGCAAGUUCAUGAAGAGGAGCUCCUGGUCAACGUUAACGGUCAGCCAAGCCAAGGAGGCCUACAGGAAGUCAUCACUCAACCUGGAGAAGCCCAUGACACCCACUGACCUCAAGCCCAACCUCAGGCCCUGUCACUACCUACAGGUGCCCCAGGAUGAGUGGGGGGGUUACCCUGGCGGCGGGAAGGAUGACGAGAUCCCUUGUCGUCGGAUGCGGAGCAGCAGCUAUGUUAAAGCCAUGGGGGAUGAGGAGAGCGGAGAGUCAGACUCCAGCCCCAAGACAUCGCCUCAGAGGUCGGUGCGGCCAGACGCCCUGGUCAAGGCCAUCAUCAGACCCAGGGACCUGUUGGACUCUCAGAGCUCUUACCGCCUGGAUAAAAUCAACAGUGACAUGCGUAACUACAUCACCAAUUUUGCUGCAGACUUAAGUCAGAGCUACCACUUGCAAGCCACCAGGGACAUGCACCCAAGCAUUGCCUUGGAUCCCUCUGCCAACUACAACUCGCCCAAGUUUCGCUCCAGGAACCAGAGCUAUAUGCGGGCCGUCAGCACCCUCAGUCAGGCUAGCUGUGUUAGCCAAGUGAGCCAGGUGAGUGAAACAGAAAUAAAUGGCCAGUUUGAGUCAGUGUGCGAGUCUGUGUUCAGUGAGGUGGAAUCCCAGGCCAUGGAGGCUUUGGACCUCCCCGGCUGCUUCCGAACCCGGAGCCACAGCUACCUGCGAGCCAUCCAGGCCGGCUACUCCCAAGACGAUGACUGCAUCCCCCCCAUGGCCUCCACUGUCACCUCCACCAUCAGGUCCACCACAGACAGAAAUUAUGUGCAGGAAGACUCUUGUUUACCCGACCAGACCAGUAUACAUGAGGAUUUGGCAGACACAGCCCCUUUGGCUCAUGAUGAUCUAGGCUGCCCCAUCAGAAGAGACAGGCUUUACCAACAAGAUAGCAUGGGGGCUACAGCCAAACCUUUGUCAGGACCACCUGUCUCUCCAAGCCUCUUCAGAUCGCCCAGAUCUAGUGCCCCAGAACGACCGUCACCAAAAGCCAUCCAGGCCAGUAUCAAAGAGUCGGCUACCUUGGCUGCAGCUAUCAGCAUGCAGUGGAAGGAAGAGGUCUCGGCCAUGCGGCGUGAGCUUGCUGAACUCAGGAGGGACCUCUGUAAAGAGCUUCGUGCUUUCAACAGUAAUUUCAACACUUUCACACAGCAUUACAACACGUGGUCUCCCCAAGGUGGUCAUAUGGCAGCUGGAGCUGGAGCAGGUUUAGACGGAGGGGUUGGGGCUGGGACAGGGACAGGAGCAAGGGCAGGAGCAGGAGCAGGGGCCGAGGAGGGAGCAGGGACAGGGGCAGUGGCAGGAGCACUUGGAACCUCCACAGUUGAUAGAGGCACCGGGGGAGCUAGAGAGAGGAAACCCCAAGUAUCCAAAGUGUCUGUGGGGACCCAGGCCAGAAGCAAGGUCCUCGUCCGGCAGAGCACUGCAGACGCAGCUGUCAAUUGUCCGGAGGAGAAGGAGGAAAAGAAAGGCGCCCGCCGAAAUCUGCCAAAACAGCUCUCGAUGGACCCAAGCAUUCUUGCCUGUCCACAGUCAAUGUAUGUGGAGAGUGCCAUACCACUUUCUUUGGAUCCAAUACUUACAGGCUCUCUUAGAGCACAAUUCGAGCCAUUUGACUUGCCUGUUGUGCCCUCUGCAGCUAAACCAGAACCAAAACUAGAGCUACCAGACCAUGCAAUUGUGAGUUUAUCUGACGUGGCCACCAAUGAGCCAACCACCACUCAUGGUAGGGUGCCACUUCCAGCAGAAACAACCCUUGAGAAGCCCCAGGAUUCAGUGACAGUGGAACAAGAAAUGGUAAUCACUGCACAGCUAAUAAAUAUAGACCCAGCUAAUGAGUCCCAUUCAGAUACUGAACCAUCUCAGCCUGAUGACAUGAAAUCUCCAGAUGCAGAACUAAUUAAAAGAGACAAGAUACAGCUACCAUAUCCAGUCCCUGUAGUUACUGUGUCUCCACCAGAGGAGCAUGAUGAUGAUAUCAUGUCAGAUUCAGAGUCUCUAGAUCCCAACACUGUGAACAAACCGGAUCCAGUCUCUCAAGAUCCUACUACUGUGUCUUUGCCAUAUUCAGGAUUAGAAGAUCCUGAUCCUGCAGAAUCAACAGAAUUAGAACCAAAAACAUCAGACCCAUCCACAGUGUCUUCAACAGACCCAGUUAAUCAAGGCCCACUCUCAGCCGGUGAUGUACCCUCACUUGAUCUUUAUACUGUUACGCCAUAUAAUUUAGAGACUGACAUCAAUUGUCCAUCCAUUGUGGUGUCAGAGCACCUGGACACAGAACCUCCUGCAAGUCCAACUGACAUUGACACAAAUCCAGAUCCCAUUAUCACCCUUCCAGAUUAUCCUCCUGACCCUCCCCCAGAGCAAAUGACUUCGGUCUCAACCUUUGCUUCCAGUUCAGUAGAAAGUCCACCAAACACUGAACCAGAGCCCCAAGACUCGGAGUGGCCACCCCUUCCAGAACCCCUGGACACCACUCCUAUAUAUCACGCUGAUCUGGUCCACUUUGACUUAGUCAUGCUGACUUCCCUAGAUCAAGAUGAUCUUGACUCAGUGUUCAUGGACCCUGAACCAGAACCAUUUGACCUGAGUGAUGACUCUCCAUCUAAUGCUGAGGAUUUAGAUCCACCCUUAUACCACUCAGAUUGUCCAAGUUCACCCAUAGCCACGGUUGACCCUGCCAUGCUGUGCCCCUUGGAUCUAUCACAGUCAACAGAAUCCAUUGGUUCAGAUCCAGCUAUAGAGAAUCACCUAGCUCAAUUGCCUCAGGGCGUAGCCUCAGAAUUACAUGAAGUCCUACUACCACAGGUCACUGUCACAAUAUCCCCUCCUAGUUCAGUAUCCCCAGAUACUUCACUGGAGAUAGACUUUGGACCCACAAGUCCAGCCCCAGAUUCUCUUCCACCAGACACAGAUCCAGCCCCAGAUCCUUUUCAACCAGACACAGAUCCAGACCCAGAUCUUCUUCAACCAGACACAGAUCCAGCCCCAGAUCCUCUUCCACCAGACACAGAUCCAGACCCAGAUCCUCUUCCACCAGACACAGAUCCAGACCCAGAUCCUUUUCAACCAGACACAGAUCCAGACCCAGAUCUUCUUCAACCAGACACAGAUCCAGACCCAGAUCCUCUUCAACCAGACACAGAUCCAGACCCAGAUCUUCUUCAACCAGACACAGAUCCAGACACAGAUCCUCUUCAACCAGACACAGAUCCAGACCCAGAUCCUCUUCCACCAGACACAGAUUCAGACCCAGAUCCUCUUCAACCACACACAGAUCCAGACCAGGAUCCUCUUCAACCAGACACAUAUCAGGCCCCAGAUCCUUUUCCCCCAGAUACAGAUACAGAUCCAUCACUACCAGAUCUCGAAGUCAUAUCCUCACUGGACCUGGCACACAUGGAGCCAGAUGAUAUUAUAGUAUAUCAGGAGUAUGAUGAAUGUGCAGAAGAAGAGACCCCAGGGAGUCCAGAGAGGUCCUCAAGUGAAAAGGCCUUUCUGUGGUACAGGUGGCAGAAGAGGGGCCAUAGACGAGAGUCAAUGCACAGGAGUGCCAGUGUGGAACUAUGGAGCGGUAGAUACGAGUACAACAGUGCAGAAAUCACAUACGUGUCUCUCACUCUGUGAGUUCAUACCUCAUUCUCAGCAGACAAAAUGUAGCUCAAAGUAUAUUUAUAUAGCUCAUGGUUUGUAGCUGCCAGUGCACUGUAGAGCAAUGUGCAGAUCUAAAUGUCAUGUGAACAUUGGCAUUCAGGCAAGCACUUCCCUAUAUACAAGCCUGCAGUAAAAAAGACUGCAUUGGUAGCAGCAAAAUCCAUAUGUCACUGACUGCAAGAAUGUGAUGAACCAUUUGUGGUGACAAAUAUACUGAACAACGAUAAAUUCAGAGAGCAGUGUGAACUUCUCUGAAGCCUGUUGUCACCAUUGAUGUGAAUUCUCUUCCAGGACAGUACUGCUUAUUUCAUAGUACCUUUUUUUUACUCACUGGAUACACUUGUAAUGAAUGUUCUUGCUCGGUCAGUGGAUUACAUCAAAGACAUUUUACGCAUCUAUUUUAAGAGACUCUUUUGGAGCUCUAUUAUAGACCACGGACAAGAUGGCCUUAUGUGUACAAGGUCCAGACAAUGCUUGCAGUGAUAAUGGAAACUUUCCUCCCCUUGACGUGUUUCAGGCUCCGUGUUUAUUGUCACUCCAGAGUGGGGUGAAGUAAAUCUUGGCAGUUAUCAUAUAACUAUAAGGACAUACUGUUUACUAUGUGAGCUGUUUGGAUGGACUCUGCAGGUAUAAAGAACAAGGACAUGAUGCUGUGGGAUGAUGUUUGCACAAUCAUAGACAGAGCUGGAACUCUAUACUGUUAAUUUGUUGGGAAAAUAACUUGCAUCAUUCACACUCACGCUCAAAUAUAAUUACAAACCAGAACAGUUACGGUAUGUAGCUUCACAACCUCAUGUUAACUUACAUGCACAUACACUUUGCUACCAAACAUACAGCACACACUGUACACACACAUCUUUGCUGGACAAUAAGUAUAAAGAUACAUUUAUUUUAAAAAAAAUAAAUAAAAAUACACAGUAAAUCGUGAUUAAAUUUGUCUGAUAAUCUGACUAUAGUAAUAAUAGGCCUUGAUGAGAGGUGAUAUUGUAUUUUUUACUGUAAAAUAUCAUCUUAAUGCUCAGGAAUCAAAGACUGAGAAUGUAAUACAACCGGGACAUAAGUGUAAUGAAAUGAAUUGAAUUGUGUUCCUUCCUGAAAAGAGGUGUACAUCUUUGUGUGGCUUUUUUUUUUUUUAAAUGUGUGACACUGAAUGAUGAAAAUUAUGUUGUAAUGGUGCAUGACAGAUGGCCUCAAUAUUUUGUGCAUUUCAUACACAGUGCCUCACUGUAAGUAUUUGGUUCUAUUCAUAGUUUCAUUUUGAUGAAAGGAGCCGACAUACCACCGGAUACACGGAAUUCUGUUACCAGCAAUGAACAGCUAAAAAGCCAGGCAAAUCAUAAGAUAUAUCUGUGCUAUCUAUCCAAUUAACGGGCUCUAUAUGGAAUCACCCACUGAAGUCUGUGCUCUAAUAAAGUGCAGUGGAACAAAAGGAAUCUGUCAGCUGAGCAUCAGUGAGCUACCAGAAAAGGAUUUUCCUGAGUGUUGUUUUGAAUUGAAUAUGCACAGAGUACUUCAUGAAAGUUUUGCUAAAUUGACUGAAUCUGAAAGGUUUUCAAAGCGGUGGGAAGUCAAUUAGUCUGUACUGUUUCAUUCUUUCUGCUCGUUUAUCUGGCAAAAAAGAAAAAAAAAUGCCUUUUCCUCCCCAGACAACUUCUACGUUUAAAUUUUCAUUUGCAAAUUGUAAAAAUUGGUAUCUAGAAGUAGCACAUAAUUUAACCUGUACUGCAGUCACAUUAUGUUUAUUCAUAAGGUAUAGUCUAAGAAUAAACUCUUUCAGGAUUCAGUCAUGCAAUGAAAAAUACUGGCAUGUGAUAACAGGCCCUUUUGUUUUUUUUUUGUUUUUUACUGUGAACUUCAGAACAAAGGGACUGGUGGUGAUGAGAAGUUAUGAAAUCUCUGCUUAACUGAAGGUGGAUUUGCAGAGAAAACUUGAUGUGCUGGCAUAGCUGUGUUUGUCAUAACACAGGAUCUACUGUUAAAUUAUUAAAAGGCAAAUAAGCCGAUGACCUCUAUGGCAUGUAAAACAAUUUAACUGCCCUACUAUAGUUUACAUAAUUGAUUGCUUUCUGUAUACAUCCAUUUUCAUUUUUUAUGAACUUAAUACAUUUAAGGAGCAAAUAUCAAGAUCAAUACUUUUCACUUCACCCAGCACUUGCCACAUAGGGGGUGGUCAUGUUUAAAUUUUUAGCACUCUUUACGAGAACUUUUUUUCUUGAUUCAAGAGUAAAUCUGGCAAAGAGAAGUAGUCAUAUUGUACUUAUAAAUCAGAGGCAAAAUGAUUGAGUGCUGCCUGAAUUAAGCAGUAAUGCAAUCUUUUUUUAAAAAAUACAGUAAUUUGAAUGCAUUUGAAUACAAAAUCAUGAAAAGAAAGAUACAUUUUGUCCUCUCAAAGAAAUAUUACCUUGCAAUUACUAUUUCCAAGAAUUGAACAUGCCAAGAAAAAAUCCAGUCAAGAAAAAAUAGUCACAUUUCAUACCACAGAACCAAUAUUGUUGAUGCACACACACAGUUGCAGAUGCAGGUCACCUGCAACUGUAACUCACCUGCAACUGUAAGUCACACAUCGCUGCUAAUCCAUAACUAAACAGGCUUUAAGGGGAGUCAGCUUUGUGGUUUUUAUAAUUACUAUAUAGGAUUUCCUGUCUUUAUCCAGGCACCUGUGUCAGGUCAGUGGUAAAGAGCCAGGUCAGAUGAUGUAUGUUCACACCAAUCUCAAACACAGGUUACUGCACCUGUGUGCAAACGGUAUAUAAUAAACAUCAGAUGUGUAUGAGCGUAGUAAACAUUCAAAGAUGAAAAAACAAAUGUAUCAGGAAAUAAACAGUAUUUGUGUGAAUGCUGAUUGCUUAUUGUAUACCUUAUCCAAAAUUUCCUUAGUCACUCCUUGAAGAAGAU